AUGGGAGGCACAAGCCAGGGUCCUUUGGACCCAGAUGCCAUCAUGAGCUCAGGCUCCGCAGCCUCUUUAAUCAGCCUGGAGUCCCAGUACUCCCACAGGUGCAGGCGCUGGGUCCGCGCCAGGCGGCAGGCCGGCGCGCGUUCCAGCGGGGCACCCUCGUCCGCGCUGCCCACCCAGACUGCACGCACUCCGGGAGCAGCCGCCCCCGCUCCCUCCCCGCCUCCAAACAAAGGGGUCGGCCCAGGGGGAGCCCGCGUGAGUGUGGGUUGGGGGGAGGGGGCGGCGGGAGGGCGCGGAAAGGAGCGAGCGGCGCAGCCCGCCGCGCGGGGUGACCAAAGCCUCGGAGCCGCCGCCGCCUCGGCCGCCUCGGCCGGCAGCCGCCCAGAGCCCGCGCGGUGGGGGGCGCUGGCAGCAAAACGAAACCGAGGAGAGGGCGCCCCCUAUGCCCGCGCCCGCCGAGCGCAGGGGCGAGCCGCGUCUGGUCUGCCCACCCCGCCGAGUGUGCGCCGCCCCAUGCCUGCUCCGCGCCCGGCAGUCCGGGCCGCCGGGGCCCAGGGUGUCCGCCGAGGGCAGGCUGGACACAUGGCGCUCGCCGGGGGCGGGGGUCCCCCCGCGCCUUCCCCGGGCUCCCGUGAGGGUCCUCGGAAACACGGCCCCCUCCCCCACCGCCUCCACUUGCCCAUCAGUCCCGAGCGGCUCGAAGCCACUUGGAGGCGGCCGCCCCCGCCCCCUGCUUCUGCGUCCCUUUCUCCUUCCCUCUCUCCAGCCUCCUGGGAAACAAAGGGGCUUUUUAUAAAGCGGAUUGUUGGCGGCGGCGACGGCGGGGAUGGGAGGGAGGGGGACUCUAUAAGGACCAGAAGGGAAGGAGGGGAAAAAGAGCUGCGCAGCCUCCAGGAGCGCCGAGCGGCGGCUGUGGCCGGGAAGCCCCGGCGGGGUGCGCGAUCGACCCUGUCUGGCCCGUGGGCACCCAGCGGCAGCCCGCGCCAGCCCGGGUGGGCCGCGCCACUACGAUGCCGCCCGCCGGCUCGCCGCAGCCCCAAGCACGAUCGCGCGGGCCGGGGACCGGGGCCGGCGGGGGCGGCGCAAUUCCCGCGGGGGUCUCCCCUGGGGGACCUGGGCCCGCUCCCCGGCCAACUCUUUCGAAAUCGCCGUGGGGACGGCGCCCAGGGGGCUGACUUCUGCUGUCGCACGGCCAUGCCAAGCCACUCCAACUCCGAGUGCCGGCUUAGCCCCACCCAGCUACAGGAGCGCGGUGAGGAGCGAAGCCCCCCGCCCGAGGCGCGUCUACGGCAUCGCCAGCUUUCCGGCGGCUUGGUCCACGCCGCAUCGGGAUGGAGCUUGGCCCAGCCAACUGGCGGCAAAAAGUAUUUGGCGGCGCUCCGGGGGGCUUCCCUCCCGCGCUCGCCAGCGCCGGGCUCUGCCGCGCUGCCCAGGCCCGGGAGCCGCGAGCGUGGAGCCCGGCGUGGGGGCGCCGCGACCGCGGGCGGGAGCCCAGUCCCCGGCUGCCUCGAACAGCGAUUCUGCUCGGGACUGCCCUCGCGAGGAGGAGUUGACAGGGAAGGGGGCGCGGGGCAGCGGGUUCCGCGCGUACACCUCACGCUCCCGCUGCGCGCGGCAAGUGGCGGCAAGGGGCUCCUCCGCCCAGCGGGCCGGCCCGGCCUCAGGGACGACGGGACCAAACGUGAGUCCCCGGUAGCUCGGCGCAGCCCGGGGAGCCCGCGUGUCUCCCGCCCCUCUGCCUUCCCUACUGGGGAGCAGGCGGAGACCGCGGUCCCCGGCGAUGCGAGCUGCGCUCAGCCGUGCCCGGUGGGUUCAAGGCGCCAGGUGGGCCGCGUGCUCGUAGCAAACUUUGGGGUCCCUGGCUCGCAGCAUCCCCGGGCCCCGGCUCCUCGGCGAUUCAGAGCGUGGCGGGUGGGGACCGCAAGUGCUGCCCGGAGCCCCAGCAGUCGGCCCUCCGCGCCCGCCCUCAGCCUUACCGCGCUGCGGAGCUCCGCGGGCGCCGGGGACAGUGCCCGAGGGGCGGGCGGCCACCGGCGCAGGCAGCCUAGCCCUGGGCGCCCGCCGUCCGCCCGGGCGGGUCGCAGCUCACUCCUGGCCAGCGGUCGGUGCCCCCGCGCCCGCCAGCCGCUUCAGCGGGCGGCCAAGUUCAUGCCGGCGGCGCUGCAGCGGCCGCUCAAUCUGCUCGCUCCAUUCCCACCGCCCGGCUCCGCGCCGCGCACCCGGAAGGUGGAGUUUCGGGGGUUUAAGUUACUGAUGAUAGGCAUUUCUCAUUGCUGUGUCACUCGGGGAGGAGGAGACACGCACGCCGCACACUCACACACCCUCACACUCACGGCGACGAGCGGCGCCGGCCUUAAAGGGGAAGCCACGCUGUCCCGCCCACGACCCCGCCGGCCCGAGCCCUCCACGCCGCAUUCCAGGCGGGGACCCGGCGGGCUGACGGCCGCGCCCAAGGGGCCACGUUUUGCGCCGCAGCGAAGGGGCGGCCUGGGCCCUCGGCGGCAGGUGGUCCGCGCAGACGGAGAGCUGACGGGGAGAAACGACAGCCGGGUCACCGGGCGCCCCCGGCCCGAGCAGUCCGGGGGCCGCAGCAGGCCCCGAGCGCUCUGGAACCCGCACGCGGCAGGGAGACUACCCGCGGCCCGGCCGAGCCACCCGAGAGCCCCGCGCGCCCCGCACAGACAGAAAGCCCGCUGCGAGGGCCAGGGCCCCCCGGGGUCCGAGACCCAGGAGGAGACCGCGAGAGGCGGAGAGACCGGGAGACACCGACAGGAAGAGGGAGAGGGGCGCCCAGAGAGGGCCAGGGACCGCGAGAGACACCCAGACUCAGACCCGGACAGAGACUGA